AUGAUAAAGUUGCAUGAAGUGCCUCCAGAACCAGUAGACCCUGCUAGUCUCCCUCAUGAUGUUAAUGCACAUAGCCCCGAAGGAGAUGGUAAUCCUGAUAAGAGGAAAAAAAUAUUUGGCAUUCCGUAUCCUUUUUCCAGGAGUUCAUGUCGGAGAUUCCUUUGGAACUGUCAAAAGAUUUCGGUACUGCCCAUGGCAUUGUAUUUCCCACUACAUGCAGCAAAUACAUUAAUCACGCCGGCAGUAUCACCUGAUUCUGCUCCUGACGACGUUUUAAUGAUGGUGAGAGAGAUUUUACCGUCCAUAACUACCAAGCUGUUAGUUGCGGGUAUUACUCUUCAUGUUUCUGCUGGUGUCUUGCUCCGAAUCGUGAACAACUGGAACAAGCCAAGAAGAAAUAGACAUCGACAUUUAAAGAUAUCGGCCGAACAAGAUCUAUCCCAAGAUUCGAUUGGUUUAACUGGUGGAAUUUCUGGCUAUUUAUUUGGAUUGUAUAAGACCUUCCGCAUUCCUCCACAAGUGAUUAGUGGAUACAUCCUUGUUCCCGUCCUGAUAUACCACUUAUUAAUUAUGAAAUGGGUGCCGAAUUCCAUCUCUACUGAGGUGGAUUUCGCCUCUAUAAAGCAAUUACUAUCUAGCAAGAACAGGUGGUGGAAAUGGCUUGGAGGCCUGGUGCCGUUAGCUAUUCUCCUCGAGUCAGGUGUAUAUCAUAUAGGUUCGGGGCUCUGCCGUUAUUUCGGUGUUAGAAAAAUGACUAGCAGGAAAAAAUGGUCCACAGCUAUCAAUCUAUUAACACUCGUUGGGUUCGUUUCUCUGAUUAGAUUGAUGAAAGAGGAUUCUACGAAACUGGGUCCCAACCAAUUCGAAAGCAUUUUCAAAAAGAUCCGGUUGCUGUUGCACGUGAAUUAG